AUGCUUAUAGUAGUUGUACUCUCAAUGAAAACCACUUUAGGGUUGGAUUCAAUUGGGAAAAUGCCUUCAGCGAUAAGCGAAGGAAACCAUUAUUGGCUUGGAGAAUACGAACAAUGCUCAGACUUGAAAAAGUCUGGGGCUUUUGAUGGUCGUUAUUGUCUGCUGCAAGUAGAAGUGCCAGAUUCGGAUGUGGAUGCCGGUUGUCCACAACAUGAUCCACUUAGAAUCGACCUUGGAAUAUGCUCACCGGAAAGUUGCUCAGAAGCUGAAGUGAAUCGUGUACUCAGAUGUGAGUUUAAUUGUGAAAUAUCCGAAUUGCUCGAUGAAUUCAUUCCCAUCAGAUUAUGCAAGCAAUUUUCAGUGAAUGGGUAA